GUCACCGCCGUCCAGCCUCAGACGGGACAGACCGGGAGAGGAGGGACAUGGAGGAGGCAGCAGCCGCUUAGCGCAGCUCAGCAGCGGGGCAGGAGGAGGACGGGACACCGCGCUGCACCUGCCGGGGACCCGCGCAUCAGGCAGGCGGGGAGGAGAGGAGGAACCGGCCGCUGCUUCUUCAACUUUUCACCAACUUGUCGUCCGGAGCUGCGGCUCCAGCUUUGUGCGUAAGAGACGGAGCCAUGCGCGCCAAACACCAGGCAAGUUCCUGCCCCUGCGCAGAGGUGCUGUGAAGAGUUGCAACUGUUUGGACAAAGUUUGUAAAAAGUGAGGCGAGUCUUCUUUUCUGCAGACUGACACUGAACUGAUCCCGACCGGCCCGGCUCGGCCCGGUCCGGCUCAGCUGAAUAAUGCCUCGCCCGGGGAGGAACACGUACAGCGACCAGAAGCCUCCGUACUCCUACAUCUCCCUCACGGCCAUGGCCAUCCAGAGCUGCCCGGAGAAGAUGCUCCCCCUCAGUGAGAUUUACAAGUUCAUUAUGGACCGGUUCCCGUACUACCGGGAGAACACGCAGCGGUGGCAGAACUCCCUGCGGCACAACCUGUCAUUCAACGACUGCUUCAUCAAGAUUCCCCGCAGACCGGACCAGCCCGGGAAGGGCAGCUUCUGGGCUCUGCACCCGAACUGCGGCGACAUGUUCGAGAACGGGAGUUUUCUGCGGCGCAGGAAGCGCUUCAAGGUGGGCAGCAUGCAGGCCACGGACCCGCUGGUGCCCAGCAAGCCGCAGGACGCCGCCCAUUACCUGCAGCAGCAGGCCAAGCUGCGGCUCAGCGCGCUGCACGCCGCCGCGCACCUCCCGCAGAUGCCGGGCGGAUACAACCUGAGCUCCGUGUCUCAGCCGUCCGGCUUCAAACACCCGUUCGCCAUCGAGAACAUCAUCGCCAGAGAGUACAAGAUGCCGGGCGGGCUGGCGGCCUUCUCCACCACCGGGUACCCGCUCCACAACCAGCUGACCCCGGCCUGGCCGCACAUGUACGGCUCCGGGAUGAUGGACACCGCGGCUCCCAUCUCCAUGGCCGCCAGCGACUACUCGGCCUACGGGAUGCCGCUCAAAUCCAUCUGCCACGGCGGACAGACUCUGCCCGCCAUCCCGGUGCCCAUCAAACCCACGCCCGCCUCAGUGCCGGGCCUGCCCGGGCUGCCCACACACAUCCCGGCUUUCCUCGCGAACUCGCCCCAGUCUCUGAGCCCCACCUCCCCGCAGACAGCCACCGGACAGAGCAGCCCGGCCGCGCCCGGAGAGGCGCUGCCCUCCUCGGCCUCGCUGCAGUCCGCGGUGGCGGUGCACUGACGGGGAUCUGGACUUUGUUCUCUUUUUAUACAUAUAAAAAAAAAAACACUUUAAAAAGGGAAAAUGACAAACUUCAACUCCAAAGCAGUAUUUCAUCUCCAGGACGCAGAUGUGCGUUAUUUUUAUUUUACUGUUUAUUUUUUUUCCCAGAAAACAAGAAAGGAAUGAAUCAUCUCAGUCUCCCGCCCAAACAUCAUGUAAAGAAACGGCAGGUUGACCUCUGACCUCCUGUAAACAACAGAAAUAAUCAUAUUUUCCGUCAAACAUUUUGAGUUUCUGUGUGAGAAAAUGAAACAGUUCAGUUUGAGUUUCCUCCACAUUCCUCCACAGCAGACUGAGCGCUGACUAAUUAUCUGGAUCUUUUGUAUUUUCAGCCUUUUCUUCUCAAACUGAAAGAAAAGUCGCAGAUUAAUGACUUACAUGUUUUUCUCUCCCUCCGGCCUCUGCUCUUUCUUUUCUGCCACCGAAACAAAAGUUAAACCCCAGAAGAAGAAGAAGCUCAUUUUACCACCUGCGGGAUUUUUCUUCCAAAAAAUAUGAAUCAACAGAAACAACAGGAAAAAAUAGUUUCAUAAAAAAUGAUAAUAUGAUGAUAAUAAUUCCUCCAUAAUUCUUUUUCCUUUUUUAUUAUUUAGAUUUUGUAAUAAUCGAUAUGAACAAUCGCAGAGAUGAGAAGAUGAAAUAAGACUUGAAAUCAUAUAUUUAUGUCCGAGGUUCUGCACAGUGUAAAAAGAAAACCACCGCAGGUAUUUGAGUGUGAAUGCAAGGAUCUACUGUCUCUGAUGCACUUUUUAAAAAAUGACUCUAGAUGUUUUUUAUUCAGUAGCCUGUUGGUUUAAUUUAAAGGUUUUUUAAGAAGCUGUGGUGUUGAACUGAGCCGCUGUCUGUGUUUGUACCGCUGCAUGCUCCAACUGUCUGAAAAAGAAAAAUAGUUCAGUGUUUGUAAGUUUUUGUUUUUUUUUUUUUGUUUUUUUUUUUUGUUUUUUUUGUUGGGCUGAAAGCAUAAAGCAUGAACAUGAACAACGGGCUUUUUAUUCCCUGCGCUCUGUCUGCUCAUUCACAUCCAUUAAAAAACCUUCCUGGGAAAAAUACACAAAAAAAGAAGUGAAGAGGCCUGUUUAUACACACACACACACACACACACACACACACACACACACACACACACACACACACACACACACAUACAGACAGACACACACACACACACACACACACUGCUUAUACUUUUCUUCAAACGUUUCCUUUUGGAGGGAAAUAUUGUGAUUUUUACUUCAUUUAUUCAGCAGCUGCAGUUUCUCGUUUUCUUUAACAUCCGACAUCAAAUAAAUCUGGUUGUUGUUGUCGGGUAAAAAUCUUCCAUCUCCAACAUGUCAGACACAAACUAAUGUUUUUUUAGUUUUAAAAGUGAAACCAUCA